UAUAUUAUAUAUAUAAAGAUAAAGAUAUUCGGCGCCGUGCUCACCACCGCCGAACCUUUGUUAACCCAACGCCGAACCCUCCACCAUUAUUCGGCGCCGCGCUCACCACUUCUCAACCAUUAUUCGGCGCCGCGCUCACCAUUGUUAACCCAACACCUCUUCUCCACCAUUCUUAUCCCCUCACCACCGCCAAACCAUUGUUCUUAACAUGGAGUCGGAGGAAUUUGCAGCCCUGAAUCAUCAUGGCUUUCGAUGUUUCAUUAAGAAGAAUUAUCUUAGUUUUGAGGAUCAUAGGACUGAUGAAGACGAGGAGAAGGAGUUUCGUGAAAUAAUGUAUUGGGAUGAGGAAACAAUGAUUCGUCCUGGUGUACAUUUAUCAUCUGACACCAUUGAUAUCGGAGACUCACUCUGGACUUACAAUUAUUCGAGAAAAGGGACAAAGUUGGAAAUGUCCUUUAGACUUGAUCAGAGUAAUAAGCUGACAACAAUUGCUGAUGUUCUAGUUACAGUAGUUCACCAACAUGAUCCUUCAAUAUUGCUUGUCUUAAGUAAAGAGGUUACUAAAGGUGGUAGUAUUAGAUGUAAUCAUCCACAAGUUUGUCAAACUACAAACGGAUUUAUGGAUAGUUCUGGGGCUGUUUGUAUCCGGCUUCAGAUUCAGUUCAGACCCAAUAAGCCUACUAUUCAUUCUUUCCAUCGACAUUUUAGACUGCAAUUAUACUGGUUUAAGAAGAAAAUGAUUGACAAAGUAUUUUCUGAAGUGACAAAGUCUUUAACCACCACAUAUGACCAGUGCAAGAAGGGUGUAUCUGAUUCUAGAUGGAAAAGAUAUUUGGUAGAGGCUAGUAAGGACUUUUCCCUGAACAAAGAUAUAUUCUGGAAGGGCUUAUUGGAUCGUUGUAAAGGGGACUAUUUUCUGGUAGACAUUGUUAAUUCUGGUUCUAAACUGUUACUCAACAAGGAACCCCCACAGCUAAUCAAAGCUGGUAAAGAUGAUUUUCACUUAAUUGGUAGUUUUGAUGAUUUGCUAAGUCACACUUUACGACUGGACUACUUGACUAUACACCAGUUAGAUGCUGAGAAUUUAACCAUUGAAGGUGUAAGGGAAUUUGAGGAUUGUCUGUUAAAGAAUGGCAGAUUUGUUUUCCAAUGUUUUUUCAUCAACCAUAAAUUCAAGCAAAGCUUUAAGCAGUAUCUGGAACAUACUAAUCCUGAUCUAAAAAUGGAUGAAGGUAAAAAAAUAAGAAACUGGAGCAGAUCUGCACUCGGAACCUUCUCAGCCCAUGCAAAAUGUGAUUUUUGUGAGUACCGAUCCCAAAAGUAGCACAACUGAGACAUCAAAUGAAGUCCUAAAUAAUAGAACCAGUCUGUCCGGCAAUGCUGAGAUAACAGCAGAGCAGAGAGCCCGUAUGUAUGGAAGCAAAUAGGUUGAAGGCACUAGAAAGGCGUGCAUACCACAGUAUUCCUAGCUUUGAUAUUCAUUGUAAAUGAAAAUAUUAUCAUUCUCUCUACUUGUUUAGUUUACUCUAAAUCCCGUGAUUUAAUAGUUGACUGAAGGUGGUCUGGCAGGCAGAUAUGAGUAUUUUAUAUGAUACAUUGCGAUCUUGAAGAUUGGCAUGUUUCGAAAGUAAAUUGGUUGGUGUUAGUUGAUUAGCUUCAUUUUCUGAGUUUAAAUAUGGCUUAUUUGAUCACUUGUUCGAGCACUUUUAUCCAAAUAUGGCUGGCUUAUUUAGAUGGCAUGAUAGUGAAAGUGUCAACCACUUGAAGUUGAAUGAAAACUGAGGGAACCAUAAGCCAUACUGCACCUACAUUACACAUUGCAUAAUAAUACAAACAGUUGACCCUCCACUUAAGUUAGGGUUCGUUUGGAUUAGCUUUUUCAAGAUAGUUUAUGAGAAAACAGCUAAAUUCAAAAUAGUUUAUGAGAAAACAACUAAAUUCAAACAAGCCCUUAUUGUGUUAUUUCUUGUAAAAUUUGUUAAAUGAAUAAAUUUAUUUUAUUAAAGCUA